AUGACAGUAUGCAGAAGUGAACAGAGCUUGUUCACUGUAUGGUGUUAUUCUGUUAUUCUGUGCUCCAAAGCAGCUUCAGAGCUGGAUCGGGUGCUAACUGCAAUAACUGCUGUACUAUGGAAUACAGAUAUGUGAAUUCAGAUAGCUAAUUGUUGCUUGGAGGAAUCUAUCAUGCUUUCACAUAAAGAGAGAUUUUAAAAGCCAGGUUUCUAACUGUAAAGAUGCAAAACUGUAAUAUCCAUGAAGAUCCUAUUACCUAGGAAGAAUCUGACAUUUUGCUGUGAAUGGUGUAUGGGGAUUUAUUUAUUCUUGGAGUGUUCUGCGUGGCUGGCAAAGAAUAAUGUUCCAAAAUCAGUCCAUCUCCCAAGGGGUCCAAUUUUUCUUCCUGGGUGUCAGCAAGCCCUGACUCACAACAGUGCAGCUGACAGGGACUGUCAUGCUUGUGGCACCCUAAGCAAAAACAAAAGACCUAAGGACGACCUUUGAACAACACAAAGGAUGGGUUUCAAUGUAAUUAGGCUACUGAGCGGAUCAGCUGUAGCCCUGGUAAUAGCCCCUACUGUAUUACUGACAAUGCUUUCUUCUGCUGAACGAGGAUGCCCUAAAAGCUGUAGGUGUGAAGGAAAAAUGGUAUAUUGUGAAUCUCAGAAAUUACAGGAGAUACCCUUGACUAUAUCUGCUGGUUGUUUAGGUUUGUCUCUUCGCUAUAACAGCCUCCAAAAACUAAAACAUAAUCAAUUUAAAGGUCUAAAUCAGCUCACCUGGCUGUAUUUAGACCAUAACCACAUCAGCAAUAUUGAUGAAAAUGCUUUCAAUGGAAUACGCAGACUAAAAGAGUUGAUCCUGAGUUCCAACAGAAUCGCCUAUUUUCUUAAUAAUACCUUCAGACCUGUGACAAAUCUCCGUAACUUGGAUCUGUCAUACAAUCAGCUGCAGUCUCUGGGAUCUGAACAGUUCAGGGGCUUAAGGAAGCUGCUGAGUUUACAUUUGCGAUCCAAUUCCCUAAGAACCAUCCCUGUUCGAAUAUUCCAAGAUUGUAGGAACCUUGAACUUCUGGACUUGGGUUACAAUCGCAUCCGAAGUUUAGCAAGGAAUGUCUUUGCAGGCAUGAUCAGGUUGAAGGAGCUUCACCUGGAGCACAAUCAGUUUUCUAAGCUCAACCUGGCACUUUUUCCAAGACUAGUCAGCCUUCAAAACCUUUAUUUACAGUGGAAUAAAAUCAGUGUGAUAGGACAAACUAUGUCCUGGACCUGGAGCUCAUUACAAAGGCUUGAUUUAUCUGGCAAUGAAAUAGAAGCUUUCAGUGGACCUAGUGUUUUUCAGUGUGUGCCCAAUUUACAGCGCCUCAACCUGGAUUCAAACAAGCUCACAUUUAUUGGUCAAGAAAUUUUGGAUUCUUGGAUAUCCCUCAAUGAUAUCAGCCUUGCUGGGAAUAUAUGGGAAUGCAGCAGAAAUAUUUGCUCUCUGGUAAACUGGCUAAAAAGUUUUAAAGGGCUGAGAGAAAAUACAAUUAUCUGUGCCAGCCCCAAAGAGCUGCAAGGGGUGAAUGUUAUUGAUGCGGUGAAAAACUACAGCAUCUGUGGCAAAAGUACUACAGAGAGGUUUGAAUUAGCAAGAGCUCCCCCAAAGCCAACAUUUAAACCAAAACUCACCAGGCCUAAACACGACAGCAAGCCCCCUCUGCCCCCAACUAUCGGAGCCACCGAAUCCAGCUCAGAACUCGAGCACGACACAGAACACAUCUCCUUUCAUAAAAUCAUAGCAGGGAGUGUGGCCCUUUUUUUGUCCGUGCUUGUGAUCCUGCUAGUAAUCUAUGUGUCAUGGAAGCGUUACCCAGCCAGUAUGAAGCAGCUGCAGCAACACUCUCUCAUGCGAAGGCACAGGAAAAAAAAAAGACAGUCACUGAAGCAAAUGACUCCAACCACACAGGAAUUUUAUGUAGAUUAUAAACCUACCAACACUGAAACCAGUGAGAUGUUGCUGAAUGGAACAGGAUCCUGCACGUAUAACAAAUCAGGCUCCAGGGAAUGUGAGAUACCUUUAUCUAUGAAUGUGUCAACAUUUCUCGCCUAUGACCAACCCACAAUAAGUUACUGUGGUGUACAUCAUGAACUCCUUGCUCAUAAGCCCUAUGAAUCUAAUGCACAGGAAGAAACAAUGGAAACACACCUAGAGACUGAUCUGGAUCUCAGCACAAUAACAACAGCCGCAAGAAUCAGUGAACACAGUCAACAGCUUGCUUAACUGAUUUCAUUUGUAACAGAGGACUGCAACCAACCUAUGUAACUUGAAGGACAAAAGAGGAAGAUAUUCUGAAAUGGUUUCCGAAACCCCUGUUUAAUUAAAAGAGAACUAAGAGUUACACUAAAGACAUGAAUUGUUUCAAGUCUACAAUUUGUAAUUAGUUAAGUUGUGCAGUAUUUUUGACAUAAAGCAGAGUAUGACCCUUGAAGCAAAUCUUUUUUCAAAAUUCAUCCUACCGACCUGUAAAAACUGUACAGAUCUAAUGUAUUUUUCAUAUUGUAAAGUUUCAAUUACUGAGAACAGCUGGUAUGUACAGUACCAGAACUGAAUUACAUCUCACUUUACAAAUUUCAGUUUCUAAAGUUUUAAAUUAACAAAAAUUAUUUCUUGUGUUAUUCAGUUACUCAGUUUUGUAGGGACAGUUUUGUUACUGCUUUUGUGCCCAGAAAACUUUACUCUAAAAUUCUGUGCUGUGCAGAACAUGCACAAUUUUUAUCAUGCUUACCGUGUAGAAUUUUAUCUACUUGUACCAGAAAUAAUACAUUAACUAAAAGAAGGGUUUAAUUGUUCAAACUUGUAAGAAGUUCUUCAAUUACAUAGACAAGUGUUUCUUACAAAUGAAAAAAAUCACAGAAUUUUUAACAGUUCUUCUCAGACUUAACUGUUGCCUUGAAUUAACAGCCUGUGAAAGUUAAUUCUAAAGCAGUGAAAUGUAACGAUAAAGAGGGAUAUUUUAACAACACAUUUCUGAAUGACUCAUUAUUUUAUUCCUUUGUAUAGUACUGUAUUAAAGAAAAAAUGAACCAUGGAUAAAACAACACUGGAGACAAAGGCAGUAACCACAGCAAUGAGGUUUCAUACACUUACAAGAUGCAGCGGUUAACCGACAAGGAUACAGUUUUGUUAAGUUUCAUCAUACUGCAGGAUAAAAUGGGUAGGUAGCCAUAACAGUCAGCUGUCUCUUUACAAGAUUUGCACUGAAAGUAAUCAUCCACCACCUCAGAUGCAUCUGAUUUUUAUUUUAAAAUUUCAUUCUACAUAUUAGGAUUCAUUUUCAAAAAUGUCUUGAGGAUGAGCCACACACAUACAUAUACACACACGCACACAAAAAAUCAGUAUGUUUCCUUUUGCCUCCCACAUAAGAUUUUGAAAAACUGUCAGAAGUUGACAAGCAGUUUAUUAGGGCCAAAACCUACUGCCAUUGAAGUCAAUUACCAUUGACCUCAGUGGGAACAGGCCCUCCAUUAUUUGUCCUUUCUGUGCAGAGCUAUACCACUCUUAGCAUUUUCUAAUGGUUAAAGAUACAAAAAACUCAAAAGCAGAAAACACCCACUUUGUUAAAAAGAUAAAUAAGUUGGAACAAAAGGUAAAAAUAAAUAGCGCUUCAAUGUUCUGAUAGAUCGUUAAGAAAAAAAACCUGAAAUAUAAAAAAACAUCAAAUCUGUAAUAAUUCUAUGAGCCCAAAAUGUGUCUACCAUUUAAUCUAUGGAUUGACGAAUUCCUACAUCUCAUUCUUCUGUUUUAAAGCUUCAAGGCUUCUAUAAUCACUGUCCUGAGACAGCAUUUCUUACAAUACACUCAUGUGGUAAUCAUGAAAGAUUACAUAGAUUAGAAAAAGCAUAUGCCAUGCUGACACAAUGAAAAAUAGAAAAGGAACACAAGAGCCUUCCAAAGGUUAAAAUAAAAAAAAGUUUCAUACAGUAGU